GAAUCGGCGGCAGGCACAAGUGGAGUGUCAGGAAGCAGAGAGAGAAGAGAAAGAGAGUUUGAUUGAUGUGUAAUGAUGGAUUCAUCGAAAAUUGAAAGUCUUGAAGAGAAACUGAAGACUCUUUUGGCUCAGCUUCAAGCAGAGUUUGGAGUUUUUGAAAGGCUUGUUUACAAGAACAAGAAUCAGCACAGGAGGUCCUCUUAUUUUCAAUAUCUUCUGAAGGUGAGGAGGGACUUGAGGCUUUUGCAAUCAACUAAGUUGGAGGAGUUAUUAAGUUGUUGCUUUCAAGUUAUCACUGGGAAGAGACCCAAACAAAAGGUGCAUCUUUUAGAAAGUUUGAAGAGAAGAAAAUGUGAUGGUGGAAAAUAUAAUUUUAUGGAGAGACUUUUAGGAGCUGCACGUUUACUGUCACAGAUGGUAGAGCCAAUGUUGAAGGCAGCUACAGAGAUAUCUACUUUGCUAGCUCGAUCAUUUUUUAUGUCAUUUUCCCUGACAAUUUUGGCUUUGCUUGCACGCCUCCGUGUCUUGGUUCAACAAAUUUUACUGGAUAUUGUUUCAGUAUUCAACGCUGUAUCUUUGCUAUCCCAAAAGAAGCAAUCAGUGAAAAUAGCCCAGGAAGGGAUUGAGGUAUAUAGGGAGUUUUAUCCAGCAAAUCAGGAAUAUAUCACUCUAGAAUCUGUCUGGAGUACAGACAAGUUUAUAUUACUUGAGAAGUCAAAUAAGAGCAAUGUCAACAGUCAAGAAGGGGAUUCUGGAAGCAAAAUCCCUGUCGGAGAUUCUGCUGUACCGUACCAAAGUCUUGAGGCUUUUCUUGGGGAUGAUGAACCAGAUUCUGAGAAGGUGAAUAACAACCGUGCUGCUGCAGAGCAACCAACAACUAAUAUUGAUGAGAAUAAAAUCAAUUUGCUUGCAAGCCUGAGUGACGAUGGGAAGCCGGUUGACAGUACUCUGAAAUUAGGAGAAAAUUCAGGCACAUCUGAAACCCCUUGCCAUGAACUCACCUCGGAAGGUGGUUUGCUUGUUGUGUCACACUCUUCUCCGAGCUCAAAUCCAUCAACAGUCAAGUCUGGUACGAAGAAAGUGGCGUUUGUGUCUGUGUCGGUCAAAAGACCUGCACCAUCAACAUCAACUUCGUUGGAUCAGAAUAUAAAGGAAAUUGAGAAGAAAAGCGAUGAACCGGAAGAUAAAUUUUACAAUCUGCUCACUGGUGGAAACUUCAAAGAUAGUCUCUUCUGAUCAUGUACCAGAGCAAACAGCAAACCUGCAAUUCUUUUCAACACAAAGAAUGUCUUGUAUCAUUAGCUUUUACCCUUUUUUCCCCUUCGUUUAUAGAAGUGCAGAAAAAAGGUUAAAGAGAAUUUAUUCAUCCCAUUUUCUCUGCAUUUCUUACAGUUUUGUUUUAUUAUCACUUUCAGAGUUUAGAAGUAUAGACGCUGUACGUAUGGGAUUAAACAAGUUGAAUGAGAAAUUUUGUUUAGCUAA